AUGGUAUGUGAAGGAAGACCAGCUGUCUUCUCUCUCUCCUCUCCCUCUCCCUCUCCUUCUGCUUCUCCUUCCCCCAUCCUCACUCCUUUCUCUUGACUCUCUCUCUCUCUCUCUCCCUCUCCUCCUCCUCCGCCUGGCUUCUCCUCCUCAGCUCCUCUCCCUCUCGACAUCUACCGAGCCCGGCUGCUUCUCUCUAAUGGUGGAAGCUGACAUGAAAGUCUGAAAGAGAUUAACCCUGUUAGUUUGGUCUUCUUCCCCUUCAUUAUUUCAACCAUGAUAACUCUCUGCACCAGCAGCAGUGCUCAUCACAAGUGCCAUUUCCAGAGCUCUUCCGGAAACCUACUGCUUCUACCUGUGCUUCUCUUCUAUCUCUCUCUGAGUCUCAGCCCUUCGACUUCCUCGGCGGCCAAUCUGGCCGGCCUCUACAAAGACUCCCAGCAGCUCCUCAGCUUCAAAGCCUCGCUCCCCAAUCCAAACCCUCUUCCCAACUGGCUCCCCACCACCUUUCCCUGCAACUUCUCCGGCGUCUCCUGCAAGAACUCCCGCGUUUCCGCCGUAGACCUCUCCCACCUCCACCUCAACGCCGACUUCUCCGCCGUCGCCAACAUCCUCCUCCCUCUCCCCAAUUUGGAGGCUCUCUCCCUCAAGUCCGCCAACCUCUCCGGUUCCCUCUCUUUAUCCCAAUGCGGCGCCCUUCUGAGCCAACUAGAUCUGGCCGAUAACGCCCUCUCCGGCUCCGUUUCCGCCUUGUCCAGCUUUUCAGCUUGCUCUAGCUUGAGCUCUCUCAACCUUUCCACCAACUCCUUGGAGUUCAACUUCCAAAACAAGGGCCAUUCCGGUGGAUUGGGCUUGAAGUUGGCGGUGUUGGAUCUUUCGUACAACAAGAUUUCCGGCCAGAACGUCGUUUCCUGGCUGUUCUCCGCCGGCUGCGGCGGGGUUAAGUUCUUGUCAUUGAGAGGGAACAAAAUCUCCGGCGAGGUUCUGGUGUCGGAGUGCCAGAGCCUGGAGCACCUGGACCUCUCCGGCAACAAUUUCACGGCCGCGUUUCCUUCCUUCGGCGACUGCACGGCUCUGCAACACCUCGAUUUGUCUUCGAACAAGUUUUCGGGCGACGUGGCCGCCUCUCUCUCCGCGUGCAAGAGCCUCUCCUUCCUGAACCUGACCAACAACCAGUUCACCGGCGCCGUUCCGGCUAUAAAAAGCGGGGCUUUGCAGGUCCUCUACCUCUCCAACAACGACUUUCACGGCCAAAUACCGGCGUCUCUCGCCGGGUCCCUCUGCUCAAGCCUCGUGGAGCUGGACCUUUCCAACAACAAUUUGUCCGGCACCGUGCCGGAAACCCUGGCCUCCUGCUCGGCUCUGGAAUCUCUGUACAUCUCUCACAACAACUUUUCCGGUGAUUUACCGAUUAGCACUUUCCUCAAGAUGGAGGGGUUGAAGAAUAUUGGAUUGGCUUUCAAUGAUUUUAGAGGCGCAUUGCCUGGUAGCUUCUCAAAGAUGACAAAUUUAGAGUCUUUGGAUGUGAGUUCCAAUAGGCUUUCAGGGCUAAUCCCAUCCGACCUUUGCCAAGAUCCUAGAAACAGCUUGAAAGUUCUCUAUCUCCAGAACAAUAUGUUCAUUGGUUCAAUACCGGAUAGCCUUAGCAACUGUUCCCAACUGGUUUCUCUUGAUCUGAGCUUCAAUUACCUCACCGGCACCAUCCCUGCAAGUCUGGGUUCCCUCUCCAAGCUUCGUGAUUUGAUGCUUUGGUUGAAUCAGCUUCAGGGGGAGAUCCCAGAGGAGCUCAUGCAUGUUCAGACUCUGGAGAAUUUGAUUCUUGAUUUCAAUGAGUUGUCUGGGAAGAUCCCUUCUAGCUUGAGCAACUGCACCAAUUUGAACUGGAUUUCGCUCUCCAAUAACAAGUUGAGCGGGGAGAUUCCGGCCUCAUUGGGUGGCCUGGAGAAUUUGGCAAUCCUUAAGCUCAGUAACAACUCCAUCUCUGGUCCAAUUCCAGCGGAGCUCGGGGAUUGCCGCAGCCUGAUAUGGCUGGAUCUCAACACCAAUUUAUUGAAUGGGACUAUUCCCCCUUCCCUUUUCAAGCAAUCCGGGAACAUAGCCGUGGCCUUGCUUACCGGGAAGAGGUACGUCUAUAUCAAGAAUGAUGGGAGCAAGCAGUGCCAUGGGGCCGGGAAUUUGCUCGAGUUUGGAGGCAUCAGACAAGAGCAGCUCAACAGGAUUUCGACGAGGCAUCCCUGCAAUUUCACUCGAGUCUACAGAGGUAUCACCCAACAAACUUUCAAUCACAAUGGAUCCAUGAUUUUGCUUGACCUUUCAUACAACCUGUUGGAGGGUAGCAUUCCAAAGGAGCUCGGCUCCAUGUACUAUCUCUCCGUAUUGAACUUGGGGCAUAACAAUUUCUCCGGUUCCAUUCCUCCUGAGCUUGGAGGCAUGAAGAUGCUUGCAAUUCUUGAUCUUUCCUAUAACAGGCUUAAUGGGCUGAUCCCACAGUCACUGAGUGGCCUUGCAAUGCUCGGCGAGAUUGAUUUUUCUAACAACAAUCUCUCUGGAGUGAUUCCUCAAUCAGCCCCAUUCGACACCUUCCCUGAUUUCAGAUUCGGGAAUAAUUCCGGGUUAUGUGGGUACCCUCUCCCUGUCUGUGGGGCGGAUUCUAGUUCGAGCUCGAGCAGCCAACAUCAGAUGUCUCACAGGAAACAAGCAUCGCUUGCCGGGAGCGUGGCUAUGGGGUUGUUAUUCUCCCUCUUCUGUAUAUUUGGUGUGAUUCUAGUUGCCAUUGAGAGCAAGAAAAGGAGGAAGAAGAAGGAAGCGGCCCUGGAAGCUUAUAUGGAAGGUCAUUCCCAUUCGGGCAAUGCAAAUUCGAGCUGGAAGCUGACCAGUGCUCGUGAGGCCUUGUCGAUCAAUCUUGCCACAUUCGAGAAGCCCCUAAGGAAGCUCACAUUUGCAGACCUCCUCGAAGCCACAAAUGGCUUCCACAACGACAGCCUCAUAGGGUCUGGCGGCUUUGGCGACGUUUACAGAGCCCAGUUGAAGGACGGUAGCAUUGUAGCUAUCAAGAAACUGAUACACAUUAGCGGACAAGGCGAUCGCGAAUUCACUGCAGAAAUGGAAACCAUUGGGAAAAUCAAGCACCGAAACCUCGUCCCCCUGCUGGGGUACUGCAAGGUAGGGGAGGAGCGGCUUCUGGUGUACGAGUACAUGAAGUAUGGAAGCCUUGAAGAUGUGUUGCACGACCGAAAGAAAAUAGGGAUCAAGCUGAACUGGGCUGCUAGAAGGAAAAUCGCGAUUGGGGCCGGGAGGGGAUUGGCUUUCCUUCACCAUAACUGCAUUCCUCACAUAAUUCACCGGGACAUGAAGUCCAGCAACGUGCUGCUGGACGAGAACUUGGAGGCCAGAGUGUCCGAUUUUGGCAUGGCGAGGCUGAUGAGUGCAAUGGACACUCAUCUGAGCGUCAGCACAUUGGCCGGUACACCCGGCUACGUACCUCCCGAAUACUACCAGAGUUUCAGGUGCUCCACAAAAGGCGACGUGUACAGCUAUGGCGUAGUCCUGCUGGAGCUGCUGACCGGGAAGCAGCCAACGGACUCGGCUGAUUUUGGGGACAACAACCUCGUGGGGUGGGUGAAGCAGCACGCCAAGACAAGAAUAAGCGAUGUAUUUGACCCGGAGCUGUUGAAGGAGGACCCCAGCCUAGAAAUUGAGCUGCUCCAACACUUGAAUGUGGCAUGCGCUUGCUUGGACGACCGGCCACUUAAACGCCCAAACAUGAUACAAGUGAUGGCAAUGUUCAAGGAGAUCCAAGCCGGGGGGUCGGGGAUCGAUUCCAUGUCCACCAUAGCGGGAGAGGAUGCAAGCUUUUGCGGGGGAGUAGAGAUGAGCAUAAAAGAGGGGAACGAGCAACAGCAGCUGGGUGGCAAGCAAUAGCAAUAAGCAGUGGCAGUAGCAGUACCAGUACCAGUGCAGCCUUAGGGGGCAAAUUUUCCACAAGAAGAAGAAGAAGAAGGAGGAGGAUCCUUGCAUUGAAGCGGGAAGAAGACAAGUCAAAGGGAGCCACUUACCACUGUGCCAUCAUCAAUUCAAUGUAUUUUUACAUCUUACUUAAAUGUAUGUAGCUUUAGCUAGCCAUGGUAGAUUUGCUUGGGAUUAUUAAUUAAAUUAAUGUUUGUUAAUAGAGAGAUUAAAAGAAGGAAGCAGGUUGAGGGGGGAGGAGAGAAAAAAGAGUCUGCUGAGGCCUCCUCGUGUUGUAACACUGUACAGAAUGAUGAUGAUCAAAGUCUUGAGUUGUUAUUGCAA